UUCACAGAGGCAACGUGUAUCACAGAGAUGUCCGUGAUGAUGGCUUGUUGGAAACAGAAUGAAUUCAGUGAGAGAGCUUGUGCCAAAGAGAUCCAGGCGUUCUAUGCUUGCACAGCCAAAGCAGAGGCUGAGCGGAAAGCAAGGGCAAGUUUGGACAGUGCGGGACAAACCAAUACUUUGACUCCCAAACAAGCCACAAAGUUGCUGCGGAGAUAUCCUAACAAAACACAAGUGACAUAAGAGCCUGCACAUGGAAUUAGUAUUUGGAUCUAAAAGGCUGCUGAUUACUACAACUUCCUGUGUCUGAGAUGUUUAGUUCCUGAUGGAUAUAAAUGCCGUGGAAAGUGCAGGAAUAUACUACUCAUCAGUGGCAGUAAAAUCUGAUAGAAUGGAGACAAAUGCCCUUAGCUGAAAUUCACAAAUAUCUAAGACUGGUGCUCUGACUAAAUUAGAAAGAAUGGUGAUUUCUUGCAUUUUGUGAAAUGUAUGUUGAAAUAUUUCAUAAGUGGCAGUUGUGUUGAAUGCACGAGUCAUUUUUAGUUCAUUUUUAUUGUCUGUGAUUUUGGGUUGAGAUGCAUUUUAUUCUCUCACUUUGGCUUUUCUUCAUCACAGUCCCACCCCUAGUCUGUGAUGUGAGAAGAUACAUUAGAACAGAUUCCCCAGUUGCUUAUUCCUUUUCUGCAGUGACAUAGCAGUAAUAACUGCAGGCUGAUGUUUUGAGGGCAUGAAUUCCACCAUGGCAAGUACUGAAGAUUAAAUUCGAUAGAAUACAAUAACUGGUACUUUAAAAAAGCAUCUGAUGAGUUCAAAAGGCACUUAGGGGUGGACAAUAAAUGCUGGCCUAGUCAGGGCCACCCACAUCCCAUGAACAAAUCAAUAAAGCACCUCAGAGUCCCCUAUCUCAAUGGUGGUCAUGUCCAUAAAAGAAAUCCCAUUGUGGGAUAUUCCAGCUCCGAUUUAUCUUGCACCUCUCUAGAUGACAAUCAUCUCAUGUAAAAACUGAAAAAAACUGCAGAUGCUGUAAAUCAGAAGCAAAAACAGAAAGUGCUGAAAAAGCUCAGCAGGUCUGGUAGGAUCUGUGAAGGGAAUCAGAGUUAACAGUUUGAAUUGAGUGACCCUUCUGCAGAACCAUUCUGAGGAAGGGACACCGGACCCGAAACGUUAACUUUGAUUUCUGUCUACAGAUGCUGCCAGACCUGCUGAGCUUUGCUAGCAAUUUCUGUUUCUAACCUCGAUGUGUCAGCCUGUCAGCCAGACAUCCUUUGUGACAAUAUCAUCAAUCUCAGUCAAAAAUCACUUUGUUUUUCCACAGAUGAAUGAGAAUUUUAACUUCCAGGGAAGUAUAUCAGCAAAAUCAAUCAGUUUCUUUAUGAAGGGCUGGUUUGUGUGAUUUGUGUUUUAGUUGGUGGCAAAUAGUCAUACAUUUUUAAGACAACAGUGAAGGUGAUAUUAAAAUAAUUAUUUGUAUGUGUUACUUGAGGUUGUCACAGAGUUGUAUAAAAUUGUACCGACCCUCUAAUUACAGGAGAAAGCAUCUUGUGUUACUGUGUUCAAUUUAAUAAAUUAAUUCCGAUGUUUACUGUACUUACAA